UAUGCGUUUCCACAUGAGCAAGGAACACGCGAUGUCUGGUUCCAGCACUUGGGCUUAUUUCAUACUGAAGCUUUUUGUUGUCCGUAUCCUCGUUACUCCAUCAAUCCCACUGAACUCUGGUUUCUAUUGAUCGUUGACAAAGUGGCGGGACAAACCAUGGUACUAGGCCGUCUCCAUGGCUUUACUCCCUCCAAACGCGCUCUCUUUCAUUCCCUCUAUCUCUCUCUCUCUCUCUCUCUCUCACCUUGCCCCAGUUCAAGUCAUCUCUUACAUUCUCCUGUUGUGUCUGGUCCGGUACUCAUCAGAAGCCUAUACCCAUCGAUUUUCUCUAUCACUACCGGCCCCGUUGUUCGGAUGAUUGCUGUAUUUCAUUCUUUCUUUCAUUCGAUUGGCGCUAACCAACAGAGCAGCCGGUCACCAGAGCUCGGCUUAGGGCCGCCGAGCUCUGGCCCCCCUCCACCUGACGAUCUGUCUGUUGAGAGUCGCCGCCGUCGCUCCUCUUUGCUAUUGCCCUACUGA